AUGGCGGAGAAAGAGGAAUCGUCGGAAUCGUCGGAAUCACCAUUUCCGAUUAUGUCACUUCCCAAAGACAUAAUCGUUGACAUCAUAGCGCGUGUAGGGAGACGCGACCAUCCAACACUAUCCCUUGUGUCGAAGCAGUUCCGGUCAAUUGUUUCGUCGCCUGAGCUAUACGCGAGAAGAUCCGUGUUGGGCCGCACUGAACACCGUCUCUAUGUUCUCCUCCAUGAGUACAUGCCCUCGUGGAAAAAAUGUCUGUACGUUCUCCGCAAUCGUCGCUUGGUCCCUAUCCCUACGCUUCCCAAAAGUGGAAUCUUUGUCGCGGCGGGCUCGAAGAUAUAUGCGUUUGGUAUGGAUAUCGCAUACACGAGAAAAGCCGUGAGCAUCGAGUGUAGAUCUCACAUGGUGAAAACCCUCCCGAGCAUGCCUUAUAUGUUGACCAGAGCUGCUAGCUUCAUUGACGGGAAGAUCUAUGUAAGUGGAAACUGCGAUUAUGACGGGAAUGAGGUUUCGAUGGUGGUGUUUGAUACAGAGACACAAAUGUGGGAGGCAGAGGUGAUAGAGCCGGAUAUCAAGGUAGGUUCUCAGAUUAGGUGUAGUCUUGUGAUGGGUGGUAAAAUAUAUUUAGCGGAUUAUCACAGCAGCGUUUUUUACGAUCCAAAGGAGAGGACAUGGGGAAGAGACGAGAUGCUGGAUUCUAAGUCGUGGAUGGGUAAGGGUGCGUGUGUGCUUGAUGACGUAUUGUACUAUUACGAUGCAUCUGAGAAUUGUUUAAGAGUGUAUGAUCCAAGAAGAGGUGUUGGGGAGUGGUGA